CUGCGGCCACCAUCGCCGUCGUCUCUACGGCCACCAGUGCGGCCAUCAUUGCGGCCAUCACCGCUGCCACCACUCCGGCCACCUCCGCAGCCAUCUCUGCGGUCACCAGUGCGGCCAUCACCGCGGCCAUCACCGCAGCCCUCUCUACAGCCACCUCUCCGACCAUCUCUCCGGCCACCACCGCAGCCCUCACUGUGGUCACCUCCGCGGCCACCCCUCCGUCCACCUCCCCCGCCCAUCCCCGUCCUCCUCCUCCUCCUCCUCACCUCGCUGAGCUCCGGCCGCAUCCCCUCCGCGGUCACCGCCGCCUCCUCCUCCUCCUCGGUGUCCGGAGCUCCGUGUCCGGCCGCCUGCACCUGCAGCAACCAGGCCAGCCGCGUGAUCUGCACUCGCCGCGAGCUGCUGGAGGUGCCGGCCAGCAUCUCGGUCAACACGCGCUACCUGAACCUGCAGGAGAACCACAUCCAGGUGAUCCGCACCGACACCUUCAAGCACCUGCGCCACCUGGAGAUCCUCCAGCUCAGCCGGAAUUUGGUCAGGAAAGUGGAGGUGGGAGCGUUCAACGGGCUGCCCAACCUCAACACGCUGGAGCUGUUCGAUAACCGCCUCACCACCGUGCCCACGCAGGCCUUCGAGUACCUGAGCAAACUGCGCGAGCUGUGGCUGAGGAACAACCCCAUCGAGAGCAUCCCCAGCUACGCCUUCAACCGCGUGCCCUCGCUGCGCCGCCUGGACCUGGGCGAGCUCAAGCGCCUCGAGUACAUCUCGGAGGCGGCGUUCGAGGGCUUGGUGAACCUGCGCUACCUCAACCUGGGCAUGUGCAACCUGAAGGAAAUCCCGAAUUUAACGGCGCUGGUGCGGCUGGAGGAGCUGGAGCUGUCCGGCAAUCGGCUSGGCCGCGUCCGGCCGGGCUCGUUCCAAGGGUUGGGCAGCCUGAGGAAGCUGUGGCUGAUGCACGCGCGGGUGGCGGCGGUGGAGAGGAACGCGUUCGACGAUCUGAAAGCGCUGGAGGAGCUGAACCUGGCGCACAACGAGCUGGCCUCGCUGCCCCACGACCUCUUCGCGCCGCUGCACCGGCUGGAGCGCGUGCACCUGCACCACAACCCCUGGCGCUGCGACUGCGACGUGCUGUGGCUGAGCUGGUGGCUGCGCGAGACGGUGCCCAGCAACACCAGCUGCUGCGCCCGCUGCCACGCKCCGCCGGCGCUGCGCGGCCGCUACCUGGGCGAGCUGGAGCCCGGCCACUUCACCUGCUACGCGCCGGUCAUCGUGGAGCCGCCGGCCGACCUCAACGUCACCGAGGGCAUGGCGGCCGAGCUCAAGUGCCGCACGGGCACGGCCAUGACGUCGGUCAACUGGCUGACGCCCAACGGGACGCUGAUGACGCACGGCUCGUACCGCGUGCGCAUCUCGGUGCUGCACGACGGCACGCUCAACUUCACCAACGUCACCGUGCAGGACACCGGCCAGUACACCUGCAUGGUGACCAACGCGGCCGGCAACACCACGGCCACCGCCACGCUCAACGUCUCGGCGGCCGACGCGGCGGCGGCGGCGGCGGCGGCGGCGGCGGCCACGGGCUACACCUAUUUCACCACGGUCACCGUGGAGACCACCGAAGGGGCCGGAGGAGAUGACCAAGCGCCCCAAACGGCCGCCGCGCCCACGGCCGGAUGGGAACCGGGCGCGGCCGGUGCCUCCACGGCCGCUCCGGCCACUCGCGCCACCGGCAAACCCUUCACCGUGCCCAUCACGGCGGCGGCGGCCGGAGCGGCGGCCGGAGGGGCGGCAUCCGGAAUCGGGGGCGGGGGUCUCCAGGAUUUGGACGACGUCCUCAAGACCACCAAGAUCAUCAUCGGCUGCUUCGUGGCCAUCACCUUCAUGGCCGCCGUCAUGCUGGUGGCGUUCUACAAGCUGCGCAAGCAGCACCAGCGCCACAAGCACCGCGGCGGCGCCGCCCGCGCCGUGGAGAUCGUCAACGUGGAGGACGAGCUCGGGGGUCCCGGCGCC